CAGGCAGACCGAGUUGAACUGGGCCGGGGUGGCUCUUCUUGUACUACUAUAAAGUCUUUCCGACCAUAAAUUAAAAAGCAGGAAAGGAAAGACGAAAGGGGAAUCCAUCUAGGUCUCGGCGGCAGAGGCGAUUUGAUCUCAACGCCGGCGAUUUGAUCUCAUGCCAGUGGAUUCAAUAUUGGUUGAUCUUCACCAAACAAAUUAAGCUUUACAUUUUUGGAGUGGAGGGGCUAAAACUCACACUAGUAGGUAUUUUGGUGUAAUAUAACUGCCAGUUUGGUGUAGUAAUGUACUAGCUUCGUUCCUAAAUGUAAGACGUUUUUGCUUCAACUUCAAAUUAAACAAUCAUGUACUAGUAUAUCAGCUCAGGCAACCUGUGUCAUUACAACUAAUUAAGGUUACAUACUAAUUUGUCUUUUUUCAUGCAUGCAGUAACGACUUUGCCACACUGCAGACGUUGGAUGGUUCCGCUUUAAAAGAGUUUCAGGAGUUCCAGGAUUUUUGGCUUGCUUGCGCCGAGCGAAGCAUGAGUCUGAGGCCCAAGUCACCGCCCCCUGAGGAGCUGAUGAAGCGCGAACAAGAGCGUAACCGUAAGAGCUUGAUUGUAGCACUCAACACAUAUGUGAAGCGAAACAAUAUGCAGAUUACUGAUUUUGAAUUUGUGGAAGAGAAAGAAAGGAAUUUAGUUGGUGGAGUUGUAGCAGGAUAUGUGCAUUCCAACUUUGUUGCCAAAGGUGUAGAUGGCAGACCCACUUUGUUCUUUGCCGAGAUGCUCCAUGGUUGCUUCUUGGAAGAGCAUGUUAUUCUCUGCACUCCUUUGGAAGACGAGGACUCUGGUUGUUGUUUUGGGUGCAAUCAGCAUGCAAAGAAGCUCAGGCAUCCCACAUGCGGUGGCUAUUUGGGUGGACUCGAGGAUGUGCCGUUUCCUUACGUGGAGGAGGAUAGUGAUGAUGAUUGCUUUAUUGAUUGAAUCUACAUGUGUUUCCAAUAAGACAGUGCAAACAAACUCGGUCUAGUCUCUAUGCUUGGUGUGUAAGAAGACGGGCUGCUUUGGUAACAACAGGAUGUGACAAGUAGGGGCCGAAGCAUAUGUAUCUUUAUAAUGUUAUAAUAACUACUAGAUGCCUCAAAAAUGUAAUGUAACUAGAAUCAUGUUUGUGACAAUAUAGUUGGAAUGUAAACCUCCUUGAUA